AUAUGUGUCACAGGUGCCUCUUCCGGCAUCGGGAGGGCCGCAGCACAGCAAUUUGCCGAGAUUGGUGCAAAGCUGAUCCUUGUCGCUCGUCGCAAUGAGCGGCUGCAAGCCCUGAAGAAGGAGCUUGAGGAGGAGCACGAGGUGGUUGAGACACACACAGUGGCAAUAGACUUGCAGGACCUUGACAAGGUCUCAGGCUUGGUGCCGGGACUCCCAGACGGCUUCAGGGACGUGGAUGUGCUAGUGAACAACGCAGGGCUUGCGCUCGGAAAGGCGCCGGCGCAUGAAAAUGACAUUGCUGAUGUGGCGACAAUGCUGGACACAAACUGCAAGUCCCUGGUGGUGCUGACUCAGCAAGUUGCUGAAGGCAUGGUGAAGCGAAACUGGGGGCACAUCAUAAACGUCAGCUCAAUUGCUGCACAUGAACAUUAUGCGGGUGGCUCCGUCUACUGCGGAACAAAGGCAUUCGUGUCAGCCUUCACAAAUGCAACGCGACAUGAUCUUGUAGGCACCAACGUCAGGGUGACUGCCAUCUCCCCGGGAGCUGUUCAGACAGAGUUCAGCAACGUUCGCUUCAAGGGGAAUGACCAGGCGGCGGAUUCUGUCUACGCUGGAAUUGUGCCGCUCACAGCAGAUGAUAUUGCCGAUCAGAUCGUGUAUGCUGCAACCAGGCCGUCUCAUGUACAGAUUGGCGAGAUCAUUUGCUACGCCACUUAUCAGGCAUCACCUACAAACAUUGCAAGAGUUCUGCUGAAGAAGUAG